AUGACACCUCAACCACUGCGACCGAUCUCCUACCGGAAUGAUCCUCUGGGUGCGAUCAGUUGUCCUGCCUCAGUUCAUUCUGAGUACGACUUUCUGUCGACCGGCAUCCCGAACGAAAACGAGCAAAGACCAAACUCCGUCACAAUUGACCCGGUCGCAUUACACCUCCCUUGGAGAAGCUCCUUCCCUGCGGCGCGGCAGUGCAGAUUCUGGAGCGAGGCCGAGGAUGCCGGAAAGACACUUCUCCAACAGAUCAAGCGGAUUAACCGUGCGAAUAGUACGAAGGGCAGAUCCAUUAAGCCCGAGACGGAUGACGCGGAGAUAGCGCUCUCGAACAAGGAGGUGGAGCGGAUCGUGAACGCGUCGAGUGCGGCCGUGUAUAUGAACCCUAACUGCUCUUCCGAAGAGAUCGAGAUUAUCUCGCAGCUCAACCUGAUACUCUGGAUUCAUGAUGGUAUGGCUCGCGUGACAGCGAGCUGGGCCGAUAUUCUUGCUCAUCCACUCAAAGACGCUGCAGACUCCUCCGAUAUGUUUAUUCGCCUAGCUCAACAGAUGCUGCGCAUUAGUGGUCAGGGAGAAGGGCUUAUUCGGGGAUAUCUAACGUGGAUGGCGUUCAUGCGGUCGACAAUGCGAGACCAGUUCACUUCCCUCAGAGAUUAUCUUGACUACCGGGCAGUUGAUAUCGGACGAGACUAUAUCCUGGCCGCCGUGAAGUUCGGUAACGAAAUCCACCUCUCACCAGCUGAGGAGACACCGCUAGCCCCGUUAAUCGGCUUGGCCAUGGAUCACAUCAUUAUGACCAACGACCUGUUCUCCUACGACAAGGAGCGACGUGACUCCGAGACGUGUGCGAACGCGGUGCGAUAUCUGGAGCAGGUCCUCGCCAUUGACGCGCGUUCCGCUAAGAUCGUCAUCAGCAGCCUUCUCACGCAGACAGAAGGUCAAAUGCAUGCAGAGCUGGAGAGUUUGCGUCGCUCGGAUGCGCUGAGUGAGGCGCAGCUCCGGUACGCACGGGGAGUGAUCGAAGCCGCGGCGGGCAACGUGGUUUUCUCCAUUACCACGCGAAGAUACAACCCUAUCGGGGCUGGCCAGGCUGGUGGGACGAAAGGUUGA